AUAUAUAUAUAGUAAAAAUGGAGUGCCUGAGAGCUUGUCUGGUUAUUAAACCAUAAAAAAGGAAAAUGGGUUCUUACUUCCAGCUGCAGAUACUUUUCCUCAUAACAUUGUUUUCCAAUGUUGGGUAUCCCUUUUGCUACUACAAAAUGCAAACAUUCUUUUAGUUUUAUUUCUUACUUAAGAUAUGAGUUUCCAACCAUUGCUGUAAAGCAUUUUUUAUUUUGUUUUUGUCAAAGUAGAAAGACCAAGACCCAGCAUUUACAAUUAGAAUGGCUCCAAAAGGCACGCCGGUGGUAGUUAAAAUGGACAACCCAAGCUACUCGGUGAUGAAAAUCGACGACCCAGAUGCUGCAUUCAAGCCUAUGGAAAAAACCAGAGGAAAAAACCCAAAGCAAGUGACUCGGGUUUUACUUCUCAAGGCUCACCGUGCUGUCGGUCGUGUUGCUUGGAUUGCUACACUCUUCUGGGAUUUGCUUGGAACCAUUAAAAGAAGGUUGAUCUUCAGGCAAGACGUUGUAAUGGCUACUGAAAAGUUGGGGAAAGGGAAACUGCUCUUUGCAGCCAUUAAAGCCUUCCUCCUAACUUCAUUGGCGAUUCUCUCUUUUGAGGUUGUUGCUUAUUUCAAUGGCUGGCAUUGUUUUCAAAAUCCCAGUUUGCACAUUCCUAGUGAUGAUGAUAUCCAGGGGUUGCCCCACUUGGUUUAUGUUACUUGGUUGCCGUUUAGAGCCGAUUACAUUGCACCAUUAAUUCAAGCAUUGUCUAAGUUUUGUGUAGCUCUGUUCCUUGUCCAAUCUGCAGAUCGUUUCAUGCUUAGCUUAGGCUGCUUUUGGAUUAAAUACAAGAAGAUUAAGCCGAGAAUCGAGGGGGAUCCAUUCGAGUCGGGUGAUGUUGAAGGGUGUAGCUAUGAGUACCCCAUGGUUCUUGUUCAAAUCCCAAUGUGUAAUGAGAGGGAGGUAUACGAGCAGUCUAUCUCUGCUGUCUGCCAACUCGAUUGGCCAAAGGAUCGGUUAUUGAUUCAGGUUCUUGAUGAUUCCAAUGAUGAGAGCAUCCGAUAUUUAAUUAAGGCAGAGGUUGCUACAUGGAGCCAAAGGGGUAUCAACAUAAUUUAUCGCCAUCGCUUGGAAAGAACUGGUUACAAGGCUGGGAAUCUUAAGUCUGCAAUGAGCUGCGAGUAUGUAAAGGCUUAUGAGUUUGUAGCGAUAUUUGAUGCUGAUUUCCAACCUAGUCCGAAAUUUCUAAAGCAGACGGUGCCACAUUUCAAGGACAAUCCCGAGUUAGGUUUAGUUCAGGCUAGAUGGGCUUUUGUGAACAAGGAUGAGAAUUUGUUGACACGACUACAGAACAUUAAUUUGUGCUUCCACUUUGAAGUUGAGCAGCAAGUUAAUGGUGUGUUUUUAAAUUUCUUUGGAUUUAAUGGAACGGCUGGUGUUUGGAGAAUUAAAGCUCUUGAGGAAUCUGGAGGCUGGCUUGAAAGGACAACCGUUGAGGAUAUGGACAUAGCCAUUCGUGCACAUCUCAAUGGUUGGAAAUUCAUCUUCCUUAAUGAUGUAAAGGUCCUUUGUGAAGUUCCAGAAUCAUAUGAAGCAUACAGGAAGCAGCAACACCGAUGGCAUUCGGGACCUAUGCAGCUCUUCCGCUUAUGCCUUCCAGCAAUUUUAAAUUCCAAGAUAGCAAUAUGGAAGAAAGCAAACUUAAUACUACUAUUCUUUUUAUUGAGGAAACUUAUCCUUCCCUUCUACUCCUUCACAUUGUUUUGCAUAAUUCUUCCUCUAACCUUGUUUGUUCCCGAGGCUGAGCUUCCUGUUUGGGUGAUUUGUUACGUACCUGUUUUUAUGUCAUUCCUCAACAUUCUUCCGUCCCCCAAAUCGUUCCCUUUCAUUGUUCCUUACCUUCUAUUUGAGAACACCAUGUCCGUGACCAAAUUCAAUGCAAUGGUAUCUGGAUUGUUCCAGUUGGGUAGUUCCAAUGAGUGGGUUGUAACCAAGAAGGCUGGCAGGUCAUCAGAAUCUGACUUAGAGGCUGCUACCGAGAGGGAAUCAAAGAUAACAAACCAGCAGCAUAUCCCGAGGGGAGCUUCACAAAGUGAGUUCACUGAAUAUAAUGAAUUAAAGGAACAGAAAGAAGCCGCCCCUAUACUGAUUAAGAAGGUCAAUAAGAUAUACAGGAAGGAGCUCACUCUAGCAUUCCUCCUCCUAGCAGCUUCUGUUAGGAGCCUGUUAUCAGCCCAAGGAGUACAUUUCUAUUUCCUCCUCUUCCAAGGGGUGACCUUUCUCCUAGUGGGUCUUGAUUUAAUAGGAGAGCAGAUGAGCUAAUAUUGCUCUGCAUGGAAGCUAGAGAGAGCGAGCGUAAGGUGCUAAAACUCUGUCAAUAUUCAUCGACAAAAGCUGGAUUUCGGGUUUGGAGAAAUGAUUCAAGGGUUCCAUCCAGUUGAAUAACCAAAGUUUCAUUUUCCAUACUAGCUUUGAGAUGCCAAAUAUAAGGGUUUUUUUUUAAUUAAUCAGUAACCCUACUUUUCUGUAGUCACACAUUUUAUUUCAUAUUUUAUAUGUUUAUAAUUUUUCACAA